AUGGCCCUCCUGGCUCUCACCCUGGCACUGCUGGCAAUCACCGUGGCCACCAUGGCCUAUGAGGAAAAGCCCCUGGACAUGGCCCUGGACUCCUUCGAUGACCAGUACCAGGGCUGUGGCCCUGACAUGGAGGCGGAGCUGCCGGCCCUGAACCACUCUGAGUUUCAGAGCAAUUCCCUGUUUGCCCAGGUCUGGCCAAAGGCUGUGGCAAACUGGCAGAUUCGGGGAUCCCCUGUGUCCCCUCUGUCGUCCUCAGCCCAGGCUGUCGCCAUCAUGGCCUACACCAUGAGUGACCUGUACAAGGAGUUCAACGAUAAUGUUCGCAAGGCCGGGCGUUGCCCCCAGACAUAUCAGCAGAACUUCCACUUCAAAACGCUGCAUUUCCUGCUGACCGAUGCCCUGGCCAAGCUGAGGGACGCUCAGGGAAAGAAAUGUCACUGUGUGAUCCGGGGGGUUAAAAACUACCUGUUCCACGCUAAUGUUGGUGACAUCGUCCGGUUCGGUCAAUUUGCGUCAUCAUCUAUUUGCAAAAAUAUCGCCAAAUUCUUUGGGACCACCACGGUGUUUGAGGUGCACACGUGUCAUGGUGCAGACAUCCAGGCAUUCUCCAGAUAUCCCUAUGAGAAGGAGGUGCUGAUCCCACCCUAUGAGAAGUUCAUUGUCACCAAAGUCAUCCCAAAAGGGAACAACGUGGAGAUCCACCUCAACACCACCGGGACCCACAGCAAAUUCAACUGCGGGUCGCCAACAGGUUGGAGCAUCCCCAGGGCCUCUGCCUGCUCAGCAGACAAUCACCAAGGCCACCAGGACAGCCAGAGAAACGAGGCCACCAAGGCUACCAAGGCCACCGCUGUCACGAUGGCUGCCUUGGCCUCUGUGGCCUCCAUGAGGUCACUGCGGCCACCACUGGCACUGUGA